AGGCGGCCUCCCCUGGAGCCGGCGGAGCAUCGUGGGUGCAGCCGAGCCGCCGCCGCCGCCGGCCUGGCGCCUCUCGGGAUGCGGGGAAAGUGUUGAACUUGGGCUGCUGCGGAGAGAGGGACGGAGAUACCUUGGCAGCAGAGGGCCAUUCGGCCACCAACACCGCCCAGCCUCCCAAUCCAGAGGGUCUCAAGUCCGACUCGCAGUCUGGCAAAACAUCGUGGUUGAAUGAAGUUAAGCUGCGUUUGAAGAACAGGCAAAGUGAUCCGGUGGGCAGAUCACACUCCUGGCAAUCAGCCAAGUUCUCAGACACCCCAGCCGAUCUCAGUAUGAUGCAAGUAUCUCAGGGGACGAUAAGCAGUCCUUGGCACCAAGCCUACCAUCCAAGUUCCUCCACCAACGAUCUCUCCAACUUCGACCAUGGCUUUUUAAGAAGAAGUCCCGACCAGUACAGUUCCAGGGGAAGCAUGGAGAGUUUGGAUCAUCUGCCUGCGGGAUACACCCAUCCUUCCUGCCAUCUUUCGCCGGCCAAGUCCACCAGUAGCAUUGACCAGCUUGCUCACCUUCACAACAAGAGGGAUUCUGCUUACAGCUCUUUCUCCACGAGCUCCAGCACCCCCGAAUAUCAACUCCCUCCCUUCUGCAAGGAGAGGUCCUAUUCUAUGGAGAACGUGCAUUCUCGGGCCAGGCUGCAAGAAGGCGGCAUGAGGCAGGCAGACAUCAGGUACAUUAAGACGGUCUACAAUGCCCAGAGAGGAGUUUCAGAGGAAUAUGAAGUGAAGUCUUCUGCUCUCGUACCCAGUGGUGAGGCCCACCCUAAAGGUUACAGCGCCAGCAGGCCACAUGGCCAUCACAAAAGCCCACAGACACGGAAUUCGUUGGACAACGAGAACCAGUACGCAAAAGGGCCUCCCAUGCCACCUGCCCGAAGUGACAGCUACACAGCAAUCAGGCACCAUGACAGGCCUAGCUCUUGGUCUAGUCAUGAGCAAAGAAAGGCCUUGAGGACCCAUCCCAAAAAUGCUUGGCUUCUCCUAGGCCAGGGCACGCCUCCUCCGGGUCAGCUCUCAAAACCGGCAUUCCUAGAAGGACAACUCCACACUGUGAUGGAGAGGAGUCCAGAGGGCAGCCCUACCAUGAAGCCAAAACAAGGUUACCCUCAAGCUGCUCAACCAGGACAGCCACUGCUACCUACUGGGGUUUACCCCGUUCCUUCUCCCGAACCACAUUUUGCCCAGGUUCCUCACCCUUCUGCGAACAACAGCGGGUUGGUGUAUCCAGCACUUGCCAAAGAGAGUGGCCAUGCUCCGCCUCCUGCUUCUUUUUCAGCUUCCUAUGAAAAGGCUGUUCCCUGCAAGCCACUUCCUGUCAUGGAUGAGAAUGGAAACCAAAGCAUUCCAAGCAAGGCAACCGUCUUCUACCAUCCCGAAUGUGGACCAUCCGGAGCAGGAAAAAAAAAGAUGGACAAUGAGACUUCGAAAGUCAUCUUAUAUAGGACCCAUCCUCAAGCCUACCCAAUCUCUCCGAGACAGGAGGAGGAAGCAGAGCCCACCUACAUAGCACAACCCAGCAUCCAAGAAAGUGCAAAUGAUGCCCAAUACUUGAACCAUGCUUUUCAGCCUUGGUCAUUCCACCUACGAGAUGCAAUGGCUGAGAGCAAAGCCAGCUGCCCAUCAAAGGCAUACUGUCCAGAAGACCAGCAAGAGGAUCGGAAUGCGAACCUGCCGAGAAAUGAUUGCGAUCCCACCGCACAAAAUCAGUGGAAUCCCAAUAAGGCGAAGCAGUACCUAUUCUCUUCCUUGCAAAAUAUCCCAGAGAGUACUCAGCUUCAAAACCCCAUGGAUUUGAAGGAGGUGCAAGCAUGUAGGAGUUGCCCGGGUGCCAAGUGGCAUUUGGUUAACUAUGCCAACCAGGAAGAAAAGAAUGGUAAAGAGCAGGUGCCGGAAUAUUGGCAGGACAGAGAAUGGCGUGCCACAGAAGAUCACCGAGAUGCAAUUUCAAAUGCUGAUUACAACCAUGGCAAGGAACCAAAUUAUGAGGAGCCUUCCUCUCCGUUGCUCCCAAAGGCCUCCGAUUUCAGAGCUGACCAGUUCCGAUCUUGCAGCAACAACAGCUUUCAGCCCCCCUGGUCUGGGAAAAAGGAGUCUAGGAAGAACCGAUGUUCUGUGCUGGAGAAGGUCAGCAAGAUAGAGCGACGGGAACAAGGUCAUCAGCGGCCACAGAGUGCAAAUAGCUUGAGCCAAAAUUCUGGAUCAAAGAAGUCCAGCGUUGAAGAUAGCCGACGUAGACAUAACUCUCAAGAGUAUGGUCAGUUUCUGGAUGAACAUGGCAGGCCGGCCAGCACAAACAACUCAGACCUGUACCCAAAUGUGCUCUACCCAAACGAAAGAAGUACCAGCAAACCAGAAAAGGUCAACCGGUAUUCAGCUGAGCAACAGAGGGUAACAGCAGCGGCUUUGGUAGCACCGCCAGAUCAGCAGAGCACCUACCACCAAGGGUGCUCUGGCAAGGAGUCACACAAAAAAUCUGGGCAACUGCAGAGGAGCAGAAGUACAUUCCAGUUGUUGGAUGAACCCGAAAGAGAAAUCUUACAGAAAGUCAGUGCCAAGGAACCGCACAGCUCACAGCGGGAUGCCCCCCUUAACAGGACUUACAGGAAUAGCAUUAAGGAUGCUCAGUCAAAAGUUUUGAAGGCCACCUCAUUCAGGCGCAAAGACCUAAACAUUAGUCCUGCCUUGGGGAAGGAGGUUCAGAGAAGUACUCCAAGACCAGCUUCAGCCCACACAGGGAUGAGGAGCACAACAGCCUCGCCACAUACCCCAAAGGAGAGGCAUAGCAUCACGCCGACAGAGAUAAAGAUGGAUCCUACCAAUAAAGAAGGUCUUCCAGGGCCUCUGCACGUGCACCGUAUCGGGGGAAGGAAGCGGCUAACUGCUGAACAGAAAAAGAGGUCUUAUUCUGAACCGGAGAAGAUGAAUGAAAUAGGUGUGUCGGAUAAUGACCUCUCGCCGUCCUCGCUUCAGAAGAAGAUGCUCCAGUUUAUCUUUGCAGAGAGCACCGUGGCUGACCGGCGCAAGAUCUUUGAGAAGGAGAACAAAACUUGUUCCACCAUCAACCUUUCCAGGCCGGAGCUGAAGCAGCUGCAGCAAAACGCCCUGGCAGAUUACAUUAAGCGCAAAAUUGGGAAACGCCCCUCUUCGGCUUCCCAAGAAAGGGAAGGAUCGCAGACCCCAUGCCGGCAAAGCAGUGGCCAAGAUAGUCAGUCCUUGUCACCGGCUUCUAGCAUGAAUUCACUUCAAGACCAGAGUCUCUUUCAUACUAGGGAGUCUCUAGAAUGGGCCUCUAGAAUGGGGCACGUUUAUUCUCCUCUGCCCGGGCUUCAUGGUUGCUUUAAUCCCAUUGAAUUUGAGAGCAAGAUGGCGGGCCACCCGAAUCACAGUAGCAGCAAGAGCUCCACCCCCACUUGGCUGAAAGCAGAUGGCCGCCCAGAUCAUCGAGUUAAUCCCGAGCUUACGAAAAGUACUCAGACGGAUCUUGACCUUUGCACCCAAGCACACCCCGUCCACCAGAUCCUGGAGAAAAAAACACGGCUCAUCAAGAAGCCUGGGAAAUCAGCUUCUGCAGAAGACCUGCUGGAUAGGACAGAAAACCAGCCUAUGACCAUGCACGUCCGAUCCAGGUCAUCUCCCUCAGCAGAUAAAAUGUGCCAGGAUUUCCAGGUGGAAGAUAGUAAUCAAAUCUCUCAUUUUAUGAAAGAUCCUUUCUAUGUACUGGGUGCUACAAGCAGGUCAUUUGGCAGUAGCAAAAGAGGCCACCUAGAAAAAUCGGCCUUCACGCAAUACCGUCCUCAUCACAGCAGUGAGAAUGUGGGGAGCUCAGGGCCAGCCGCAGAGAAGCAGAAGGUCCCUGAUAUUCUCAGACAUCACAGCCGCACUUCGGCCUUCGUCUCCCCUCGCCCAGAUACGAAGGAGAAGCACUCUGAUGCCAAGCCGGGCUUCAGACGGGUCACCCCUUCCAAACCUAGCUAUUCUUCCCGCAGUUCGGCCUCCUCCACCCCGGCUCUUUCAGACUUUUCAGCUGCUGGAGACAACACGCUCACAAGAUGGCCGCCAAGGACUGACAAAGAAGACAGUAACAAAGCUGAGGCCCAGGUCCUGGACGGUGUCAGUUACCCAGGCAAGGAGCCAGCCGAAGAGACAGCUUGGAGAUCGAAGUCUACUCUGCCUCAGCGACAACCCCCACCUAAAAUCAAAUGGGCUAGGGAGGACAGCCAUCCAAAGAGCUCCAUUUCUGUUCAGACAUCUGGACAGAAGGUUUUCCAACAGUGGCAUGGGAUCCCCUCUAAGAAUAGCUCCUUCUCUGAGCCAGAAUCUCUCUCCAGUCAAGGAAGGCUCUCCCUUCGCAUCUCCGAAACCUACCUCCAGAUGUCCCCGCCGCCGUUCUGUCAAGAAGAGGACAACGAUGACGUUUUUAUCCAAGAAGCACAGACUCAUCCUGGGGGUGCUAUCUCAGAAUAUCCACCCCCUCCGCAGAGUCCCAGUGACAGCCUAGAAGAAUUUCCAUCUCCGCCCCCAAGUGUGGUAUUAGAAGAGGAUACCCCGGCAUCAGACAGAGAGGAGAAGAUAACCACGAGGAACCUCAAAGCUUUCUCCAGGGACUUCAGUGUGAGGGAGAAACCAGGGCUGGAUUUCCUCAGGACCAACAUUUCUCCAUCCGUUGGGUCUUCCGAACCCAAAGCUCUUGGACCCACCCCUUCUCCGGACGCCCCAGACCGCCAUGCCGCCAUUGAAGGAGCGGUUGAGAAGGAAGCUGCAACGGCAAACGGGGAAUCUGAAAACAAGGAGCUCCGUCUGAAGAAGACUAAAAGGAAAGAGAAAACGCGGGAAGAUCUGAAGGAGGAGUCCUUAGCGAAGGAAAUUGUGCACAAGGACAAGACGCUGUGUAGCAUCCUGGAUCCCGAUUUGAAGAUGAAAACUACGAUGGAUCUCAUGGAGGGGAUUUUUCCCAGAGGAUCCAGGGUGCUGAAAGAAAGUGCAAAGAAGAGAAUAAUGCAGAAAAGGAUAAACGAUUCUGCCAGUAAUUUCGCUCCAGCUGGCAACAAGAAUGAUAAGAAGGAAGCUGCUAUAAUGGCGGUCACCUGCCCGACGUAUUACAGUGUGUCGAUACCCAAAGCUGAACUUUUGAAUAAAAUCAAGAAUUUGCCUGAAGAAGCAAGCGGGGAUGAUGAACAGGUGGACAUCAAUGAGAAGAAGGCUGAACUCAUUCAGAGCUUGACCCACAAACUGGAGACUCUGAAGGAAGCCAAGGAGAGCCUGCUAACCGACGUCAGGCUCAACAACACCUUGGGAGAGGAAGUGGAAGCGCUGAUCAGUGGCCUCUGCAAGCCCAACGAAUUUGACAAGUACCGAAUGUUCAUUGGAGACCUGGAUAAGGUGGUCAGCCUCUUGCUUUCCCUCUCAGGACGCCUGGCUCGGGUGGAGAACGUUCUCAGCAGCCUCGGCGAAGAUGCGGAUAAACAAGAAUGGGCUUCUCUGAACGAAAAGCGGAAGAUGUUAGCAGGCCAGCACGAAGAUGCCCGUGAGCUGAAGGAGAACCUGGACCGCCGAGAACGUGUGGUCUUGGACAUCCUGUGCAGUUACCUCUCCGAAGAACAGCUCCAGGACUACCAACAUUUUGUCAAGAUGAAAUCGGGGCUGCUUAUAGAACAGCGGGAACUGGAUGACAAGAUCAAACUCGGGCAGGAACAACUCAAGUGCCUCUUAGACAGCCUCCCCACAGGAUACUUCCUCGACAGCAAAACAGCCACAGAACCUCCAGCCACCCCGGGGAUCAACUCUGAGAACAGAUCUACCCCGUCUUUCCUCUGACCUUCUCCAGUCGAAGCUCACAUUUAAACAAACAAAAAACGUCUUGCAUUUAUUUAAUCAGACACAGAGUUUUAACUUUUGAAAUUGAAGGGGGAUUCAUUUUUCUUUUUCUAAUUAACCUAGGGAACUCAAACAGCCAUGAAGGCUUUAUGUAUUGUUUUUAUUUCUUCCCCCCCCCCCAAAGGGCUUUUUCAAAAGGCCACCGGACUUUGUUUUUCCUUAAAAGCUGUUUCGCUUCUGAUCCAAGAAGCUUCUUCAGUUCCGAAGUUGACUU